ACAGUACUUUAACUAGAGCAAAGCUUUCGCGACACGUUAUCUGCAGACGAUACGAUACGAUAAAUGAAACGAAAUAUUUCGAGUUCAAGGUAUUAGAAAUCGCGAAGAUGACUACCCGAGAAGAACUUGAUUGUUGCUACAACUUUGUCCUGAAUCUUACUGUAGAGUCUGGGAAGAUGAUUCGGGAUGCUUUCCAAGAAUCUAAACAGAUCGAGACAAAAGCUGGUGAUUGGGACUUAGUUACACAAUACGAUAGAAAAGUCGAAGCAAUUUUAAUCGAUAAUUUGGCAAAAAGAUUUCCAAUGCACAAGUUUAUUGGGGAAGAAACAGCAUCAUAUUGUAAUUGUUUGCCAACGCUAACGGAUGCACCUACAUGGAUUAUCGAUCCGAUUGACGGAACAACAAACUUUGUACAUUCUUUUCCACAUACUUGUGUAUCAAUCGCGUUAGCUGUGAAUAAGGAACUGCAAAUCGGAAUAGUCUACAAUCCCAUUUUAGAGCAAUUAUUCACAGCUAGAAGAGGUCAUGGAGUGUUUUUCAAUGAAAAACCAAUUACGAGCUCAAAUGUGGAAGAACUCGAACAGUCUUUGCUAUGCUUGGAGGCUUCGUAUGCGACUAUCGAAAAUAUUCGCGAUAUCAUCCUGGGGAGAUUAGAAGCUUUUGUCUCGAUAGCUCAUGGAAUAAGGACUAUGGGUUCAGCAGCAUUGACUCUAUGUCACGUAGCUAUGGGAGCUGUAGAAGGUUAUCAUUCUGACAACUUGAUGCCUUGGGAUGUAGCUGCUGGCGUUCUUAUUGUCAGAGAGGCUGGUGGUGUUGUGAUCGAUACAAAUGGUGGAGAGUUCAAUAUUAUGUCGCCGAAAUUAGUAGCCGUUGGUAACAGCACGUUGGCGAAGGAACUCGUGAAACUAAUAAAAUACGCGGAUCUAAAAACCCAUCAGAGAAGACUCGUAUUGCAAGCUACAAAAUAAUAUCAUGUAGUAUCUAGGCUAAUGACACACACUAUUUUAAAGAAGUGUUCCUCUUACCUGUUAUUUAAAAAAUAUUAAAUAAAGUAUAUUACAUAAGUAAUACACGAUAAUCGUGUUAAAAUCGUGAUUCAUUAACAAUAAUGUUAAUAUUAUACGAGUGAAUACAGUAUCAAUAAAAAAAG